UCUAGAGACCCUUCAGUUCAUCAACUCAAGCAUCUCCACCAGUUCAGUUCAGUUGCUUAUUCUGUCCUGUCUGCACACACUGAGAGCAAUAUGGGUGGCAAGGUUCUUCUGAUGAGUGCCGUCUUGGUGGGGCUUGUUUCACUGAGCUCGUGCAGGAGCCUGGGAGAGUUGCAUGAGCAGAAGACCCACUAUGGGGGCUCACCAACUCCCACGCAUGGGUCAGGAGGAGGCUACAACCCGACACUGACACCGACACCAACUUACGGCAGUACACCGACGCCAUCUUACGGCACUACACCGACACCAACUUACGGCAUUACACCGACGCCAACUUACGGCACUACACCGACGCCAUCUUACGGCACUACACCGACGCCAUCUUAUGGCACUACACCGAGCACCCCAAGUGCACCUUCCCAUGAUGUCCCUGCAAGUCCAAAGAAGCAUGGGUUCAUUGGAUCCUGCGACUACUGGAAGAAUCACCCAGAUGCUAUAGUUGCAGCUAUUGGGUCCCUCGGCAACAUCGGCAAGACAUUUGGUGCUGCAUGCAGUAUGAUAGGUGGCAAGAAGCUAGGAAAUAUGCAUGAUGCACUCUCAAACACUAGAACUGAUGGUAUUGGCGCCCUGAUACGUGAGGGGGCAGCUGCAUACCUCAACUCCAUUGUGAACAAGAAGUUCCCAUUUACCACCCAGCAGGUGAAGGACUGCAUCGUCGUGGCCGUGACCUCUGAUGGUGCUGCUUCUGCCCAAGCUGGGGUUUUCAAGAAGGCAAAUGAAUUCCACUACUAGUUUCAGUCAUCGGUGUUUCUUGGCUAAAUUUCUUCCUCCCGCGCAUUUUUCUUGAUUGAUGCUAUCUUGUGGCUUGAUAUAUUUCUUUUAUUUUUGUUGUUUUAUCAUGUAAUAUCACUAUCUAUGGCAUUUUGAGUGCAAUAAAUCCAUCCUUUUCCAUUGCUUGA